AUGGCUCCCACCAGCACAUCAAGGGGAUCCCGACGGAGGCGGCUUCUUUUGAGGCCGUGGCAGAAAGAGGCUCUGCAAGCGUUGUUCCAGCAGAACCGGUACCCUGGCAUCACCACCAGAGAACGACUGGCCCGAGAGCUAGACAUUCCAGAGUCCAGGAUCCAGGUGUGGUUCCAGAACGAGCGCUCGAGACAGCUCGGGCAGAGCCGAUUGGGGUCUGCAAACUCCCAAGGGGAAGGGCCAUCGUGUGGACAGGAACAGCCUCCAGCUCGGACUCCAGGAUCCCGACGGAGGCGGCUUCUUUUGAGGCCGUGGCAGAAAGAGGCUCUGCAAGCGUUGUUCCAGCAGAACCGGUACCCUGGCAUCACCACCAGAGAACGACUGGCCCGAGAGCUAGACAUUCCAGAGUCCAGGAUCCAGGUGUGGUUCCAGAACGAGCGCUCGAGACAGCUCGGGCAGAGCCGAUUGGGGUCUGCAAACUCCCAAGGGGAAGGGCCAUCGUGUGGACAGGAACAGCCUCCAGAGGACAGGAGAAAACGGACAGCCAUUUCUCCAUCCCAAACCAGUCUCCUCCUUCAAGCCUUUGAGAAGAACCCAUUUCCUAGCAUUUCUACCAGAGAACAGCUGGCCAGACUCACAGGCCUCCCGGAAUGCCGCAUUCAGGUCUGGUUCCAGAACAGAAGAGCUCGGCACCCAGGGCAGAGCAGAAGUGGCCCCUCGAAUGACCGGGCGGCAAACCAGGAAGCCAGGGAAUGCCAGCGGCAACAGGAGCACCCUGGCUUGGUACCCGUGCCCUUCCAAGGCUAUCCCCUGUCUCCAGAUGACAAUCCUUGCCAACCAGUACAGGAGGCAGGGCCCUUGGGUAGCCACUAUGCCCCACAGUGGUUGGGCAAGGGGUCCGGAAUUGUCGUGAGCACAGGACAGGCUCCGGAUGCAGCAGCUGGGCAGCCUGCACACGCUGAGACCCCUGGCUGGCGGUGGAAGGCCCCCCCUGCUGCUGGGCUCACUAGUGCACUGGACCCACAGCACCCAUCUUCUGCAGAAGCCUCAAGUUUCUUAGAGGAGUUUCUAUCAGCCACAGAGAGGGAAGAAGACACACAGCCUUAUCCGAGUGGGCAUCUGUGGCAGGAGGAGCCUCCGGGACCCUUGGAAGCACCCCUCAGUGAGGACGAGUUUCAGGACCUGCUGGCCAUGCUGCACGAUUCCACAUGGCCUCACGCCUAG